AUGGAGUCACCAUCCCAGGAGAAAAGAGGGACCCAGGUCAUCACGAUAGAACCAAAUGAGACAGUGUUAACUGCGUUUCCCUACAGACCUCACAUCUCUCUGCUGGAUAUUCUAAAGGGGGAGCCGAAACUUUUGGGGGCUAUCCAGAUCCUGUUUGCUCUGGUCAUUAUGAGCCUUGGAAUUAUAUUUGCAUUUAAUGUCAUCACUUUCUCCAAAAAAUUUCCCUUUGUUUUCCUCACAGGAUACCCAUUCUGGGGAGCAUCAAUUUUCUUUCUUACAGGAUUAGUCACUGUGACCAAUGGGAAAUUAAAUAAAAUUCGGGGACUAUCAGUCACGAUCAUGAAUGUCAUCAGUUCUGUGGUCGCUGUAGCUGGGAUUGUAUUCACCAUUAUCAGCUUUACACAGCAACACAAGUUCUGCCAGAUGCCUUCCCUUGAAGGACUAUGUGUUUUUGGCAAAACAAUUCUUGUUGGAGCUUUGUCAAUCUUAUUAAUUCUCAGCAUAGCAGAGUUCGGCAUCGCUGUGACUAUCGCAUCUUUCAGAAGCAAAUGCUGGACACAUUCAAAUAAGGUUGUAUUCUUCUUGCCUUCAGAUGUUACUCAAAACGGUGAACAACCUGCUCAAGAAGAAAAUGCUCAGAUACAAUUUGAGCUUCAAGAGGGCAGUCACACUGAUGAUACUUCAAACAUACAAGCCAUUUUCUUCGGAGGCUAUACUUUCUUAAAGUUAAGAGUCUCAAAAAAUAUUUUUCCCUUCCAAGAAAGAUCAGAGCCAAGUGAUGAAGACAGGAAAAGUUCCCGUGCACUUUUUGUUUUAGAUGAGCAACAGGAGGGUAUACGUCUACCAUCCAAGUCACCACAAGACGAAGUCGAGCUGGAACCCUCAUUUGAGGCAAGGUCCUCAGAUGACACUACACGUUCUCAGAAAGGCUCUGUGAGUGAAAAGCUGACUAAUGAGUAUAAUCUAGUAGAACCCUCUGAAAUGCAAGACUAUCUUCAGGACCUGGACUCACCACCCCAAGCUUCCCCAACUCCAUCUACACAAGGGCUCGUAUACUCACUGCCUGGUGACUUACCAUCUGAAAUUCCACCCUCACAAUCCCCAUCAGCACAAGUCUUGCAAUCUGAACCUGCAUCAUCCCACCUCACACAGUCAAAAGAUCUAAUACCUGAAGACUUGCCCUCUCAAGAGGAACCACCUCAGGAGGAAUCACCUCAAAAGGAACCACCGCAAGAGGAACCACCUCAAGAGGAACCACCUGAAGACAAACCACCUGAAGACAAACCACCCCAAGAAACCCCAUCCCAAGAUGAACCAUCUCAAGAGGGACCAUCCCAAGAUGAAUCACCUCAAGAUGAAGCACCUGAAGAUGAACCAUCCCAAGAUGAAGCACCUGAAGAUGAAUCACCUGAAGAUGAACCACCCCAAAAUGAAGCACCUGAAGAUGAACCACCCCAAGAUGAACCACCCCAAGAUGAACCACCCCAAGAUGAACCACCCCAAGAUGAACCACCCCAAAAUGAACCACCCCAAGAUGAACCAUCUGAGGAAAUUCCAUCCCAAGAAGAACCACUCCAGGAUAUUGCACCCCAAGAUGAAUCAUCUGAAGAUGAAGACAUACCAUCCCAACAUUCAUCAUCCCAAGAGAGUCUAGAUCAAGAAACACCAAUCCAGGAUGAUCCACAGGACACUCCAUACCAAGAUCCAUCAUCACAUGAUAUACCACUCAUGCUAGACCUGGAUCUUGAGUCGGAAGACGAAUCAUUUUCAGAAAUAAUAUAUCAAGACAUUCGAACAGAAGUCAUGGUACUAUCCCAGGAAUGGAAAUCUGAGAAGAAAGCCCAUGGCAUCAAAUCCCCAAGGAGACUUUCCUUUGACAUCCCAAGAAAAGAUAGUAAAUUCCAAAAGAGAUAUUCUUUAGACCUGCCAAGGAAAAGUUUGCAAUACCAAAAGAGAUUUUCCUUAGACCUGCCAAGGAGAAGUGAAUCAUCUCCAAGACGAAAAUCCCUAGACCAAAAACUCAAAUCUUGGAUGUUCCCAAGGAAGCUCUCCAUGGAUAAACAAACACAAUAUAACCAAACCUUAGACCAACCUUCUGAUCAGCAAGCUGAAGAUCAGGUCAAAACUCAGCAGGCUGACAUUGAGAAGGCUGAAGGCCAGCCAGGUGUAAAAGAGCAGGUGCCAGACAAACCACCCAAAGAUGAAGACCAGAAGGGGAUUAAGGAGCAGCCUCCAAAGAAAGAAAUCCAAGAUCAGCAGUCUAAAGACCCGAAAUCCCAAGAGGACAAAAGCCCAAAAGGACAAUUCCAAAACCAGAGACAACAAAUUCCAGUGGAGAAACCUCCAAAGCAGUUCUGUCAAGAUUGGAGCUUUGGAAGCUUUGACUAUGAAGCCCAAGACAAGCAAUCUCCACCCUGGACAUCCUCCAACUUGCAAGCAUAUGGCCAGCAAACCCAAGACUGGAGAAGUCAAGGCUGGAGAAACAAAGACUGGAAAGCACAAGAAUGGCAAUUUGGAAAGCAGGAUUCCCUAAACUGGGAAUCCCAAGAUCUACUGGAACAAGAAUCCCUAAGGCAAAGAGCACUCUACCAACAAAUUUCAACCAAAAACACCACAUCCCGGCAAAGCCCAGGCUGGCAAUCACGAAAGGUUCUGUCUCAAGUCAGUGAGUGUCAAGAAGGCACUGAAUCUGACGCUGUAAAACAAGAUAUGUGUGCACCUAACACCCACACAAGACCAAGCAAGCCAGAGGACAAGAAAUUUGUAGGACAGAACCCAGGAGAGUUAGAGGAUAUGAGGUCAGACUAUCAACCUUCUUGCAGCCAAAGCUUAGUGCACAGCACCUAUGGAACCUGUCUGACCAACAUGGAAUCAGAACAAGAGAUGCAGAAAAAUAGCCCAACUUGCUCAAAUUCGAACAAAGAUAUAAAUGUAACUUCUUCCCUGUGUUAUGCAAGAGAUCAACAGCAAUCUGAAGAAUCUGAUUAA